CUUCCUCUAAUAAAAGCCCUCCCCCCACUUCCAACUCGGCAGAUUCUGCGGCAGGCAUGGAAUCUGGCGACGGGUUUCGCGCGCUGGACGAGAAGUCGGUGGUGGAGUACAUAAAGUCGGCGCCGGCACUGACGGCGCGGCUGGGGGGCGGGCAGUUGGAGGGGGUGGAAAUCAGGGAAGUCGGCGACGGCAACCUCAACUUCGUCUACAUCGUCCUCGGCCCCGCCGGCUCCUUCGUCCUCAAGCAGGCUCUUCCAUAUAUCCGCUUAGUGGGUGAGUCAUGGCCGAUGACAAAGGAGCGUGCGUAUUUCGAAGCACUGGCAUUAAAAGAGCACGGCCGGCUGUGCCCGGAUCACGUCCCUGAGGUUUAUCAUUUUGACAGGUCUAUGUCAGUGAUUGGAAUGCGCUACUUGGAACCUCCCCAUAUAAUUCUCCGAAAAGGAUUGAUUGCUGGAAUUGAAUAUCCAUUGCUUGCAGAGCAUAUGUCGGAAUAUAUGGCAAAGACGCUUUUCUUCACUUCCCUUUUAUAUCAUUCUACAGCAGAGCAUAGACGUGCAGUAGGUGAAUUUUGCGGGAAUCUAGAGAUAUGUAGGCUCACGGAACAAGUAGUUUUCUCAGAUCCAUAUAGGGUUUCACACUUUAAUCGUUGGACUUCUCCUUACCUUGAUCGUGACGCUGAAGCUGUUCGGCAAGAUGAUGCUCUAAAGAUUGAAGUAGCCGAGCUGAAAUCAAUGUUUUGUGAGAGAGCUCAAGCUUUAAUUCAUGGAGAUCUGCAUACUGGUUCUAUCAUGGUGACUAGUGAUUCAACUCAGGUUAUUGAUCCGGAAUUUGCUUUCUAUGGUCCAAUGGGGUACGAUAUAGGAGCUUUUUUAGGGAACUUGAUUUUGGCCUACUUUUCACAAGAUGGACAUGCUAAUGAAGGAAAUGAUCGUAAGGCAUACAAGCAACGGAUCUUAAGGACGAUUGCAGAAACUUGGGAUCUCUUCCAGAAGAAGUUCAUUUCUCGUUGGGACGAACACAAAGAUGGGAAGGGUGAAGCAUAUCCAAUUUCAAUAUACAACAAGCCAGAACUUCAGAUUUCUCUCCAGCAAAAGUACAUGAAAGAUUUAUUUCAUGAUGCUCUUGGAUUCGGUGCUGCAAAAAUGAUAAGGAGAAUAGUGGGGAUAGCCCAUGUUGAGGAUUUCGAAUCGAUCGCCGAUGCAAGCAAGCGAGCAUCUUGCGAGCGUAACGCUCUCAACUGUGGUAGAAGGCUUCUGAAGGAAAGGCGCCAAUUCGAAACCAUCGGUCAAGUCAUUUCGGUGAUUCAGGAGAUUCAACCAUAAUAGCUUACAUUUUUAGGAUUUUGUGUUAUCGCAGUAAAUUGUGAGUUUCUGUUUGAAAACUUUUAUCUUUCCACUUCUAUGUGCUUAAAAAUAAUGCGUGGUGUAAUGAUAUUGUCACGCCCGAAUUCAGCGGAAGUCUAUUUGGUAUGUGCACAGA